UCUUACGUGGAAUAUGAUAGUGCUAUCGAGAUGUUUAUACCAUUGCAACGCUACUGCGCACGCGUGGAAGGUUUGUCCGAUUAUCUCACACUAUCUUGCCACACUCCAUCACACACACGGUCUUUCUCAUAUGCGGCUGUUUGCAGCCAGUCCGCGAGAGAAUUGGAACUCGAAAACGAGAUGUAUGAAAAUACUCGCGUGUCGCCGCGAGUAUUCACGGCAAUACAGAAUGUCGAUAUCAUGGAGCUGUCGUUGUGUUCCCACAAAGAGAUCAGGCCCAUCCUGCCCUGUUUGGUUAGGAUGAGCCUCAUCUCGCCGCUCGACAUAACGAAGGAAUGUGUGGAAGGUAGGAAGCAGGUUCUAACGAUAUUGUCCGGCAUCGAGUCUGUUAAUUCUAUCAUUGCCCUGCUGUCUAUAGAUUUUCAUGCUCUCGAAACUGAUGUUCGACAGGAGCAGCAGUUGAGACAAAAACUUGGAAGCGCUCAACGAGACAGUGUACUGGCACAGUCCUUACAGAGUGGUCUGGCAUUGGAAUUCGAGCGCAGUGAAUCCAUUCGCAGAAUCAGGCUAGUGCUCAGCGAGAUCCUGUUUAUAGCAUCUCAAAUACAGGAACAACAGAAAAAUCAAGAAUUUCAAAUCAGACAAUCGGAUCUGUUUGAUAAUGCGGUCUAUAUGGAGGAGAUAAGCUAUGUGAUCUGCAUAGCUCUUGCCGAACUACCGACGUUACUAUCAAUAUUGGACAUUGCGGAAACUCUUCUACACGUUAAGCAUGGACCUGAUAUUAUUUGUUGGAUCGUUGCCAAUAGUCCAGAUAGUUUCUCGGAAGUAUGUGCACAUCUUAUCGCUAAUGGGGAACGACAGGAGGAGUCUGCAUUAGGUAGAAUCAGGACACAAGCGAUCACAAUGCUCUGCCAGAUGAAUCCGAAUCAAGCGUUAGCAAUUAGAGCUAAAUGUAUAGAACUAUGCCGAAUGCCUGCACUGGCAAUCACUUUGAGUUUAGAACAUGAAAACGCCAAUAGCUCGCAACCUGAAAGCGAUGUUGUCGCUUUUGUUUCUGGUUUGUUACUUGGUAGUGAUCAACAAGUACGUUCAUGGAUUGCUAUGUUUAUUAGAAAUGGACAGAAACGCAAGUGGGAAUCCCAGACGGCUCUACAGUCACUGCGCGAGGAGCUGCUCAAACGAUUGCAUACAAUCGCGUCCCAAAGCACAGAUAGUCAAUUAGCAGAAUCUCAAGUUGUGCAGGCGAGUGCGUUAUUACGGCUCUAUUGUGCUCUGCGAGGUAUCGGCGGUAUCAAGUUUCAAGACGAUGAAGUUGCGAUGAUAGUGCAGCUUCUGACAUCCCAUCCACCACCAUCGCCAGCUGGCGUCAGAUUUGUAUCUCUCGGCUUGUGCAUGUUGAUAGCAUGUCCUUCCCUAAUCGGACAUCACAAUUUAGAGAAACGCAGUAUCGAGUGGGUGCAGUGGCUAGUACGUGAGGAAGCGUACUUUGAAAGUGCAAGCGGUGUCACUGCUAGUUUUGGUGAGAUGCUGCUACUGAUGGCAAUUCAUUUUCAUAGUAAUCAGUUGUCGGCAAUCUGUGAGUUAGUUUGCGCUACACUCGGCAUGAAGAUACCCAUUAGGCCAAACAAUCUCACACGAAUCAAGCAGAUCUUUAUGCAAGAGAUUUUUACAGAACAGGUAGUUACCGCACAUGCCGUUAAAGUGCCAGUUACGGCAAAUCUGAAUGCCAAUAUUCCCGGCUUUCUGCCAGUGCACUGCAUCCAUCAGUUGCUCAAAUCAAGAGCAUUUGCGAAACAUCGAGUACCCAUUAAGAAUUGGAUAUACCGACAGAUCUGUGCAAGUGUAUCACCAUUGCAUCCGGUUCUACCGGCUCUAGUUGAAGUCUACGUAAAUUCUAUCCUGAUGACGAACAACAAAACGUCUGAGCACACGAACAAGCCCAUCACUGAAAACGAAAUCCGUCAAGUAUUUCAAAAUAGCGUAUUCGGGGCGAAUUUCGAUUUUAAAAAAAAUCCUGUCAACGUUAUGCAGAUCGAUGCUGAUAAUAUGGACAUUGACACAUCAAAACCUUCACUGACUUCCCAGUUAUUGCUGUUAUAUUAUCUUUUACUGUACGAGGAUGUAAGACUGUCCAAUAUGCACACAUUUAUAUCGCAAGGCAGAAAAGUCAAAUCGUAUUCGACAGAGUUUCUAUCUGAGUUACCUAUUAAAUAUCUGCUGCAAUUGGUCCAACGAGAUCAGAUGAACUAUGCCAGUUUGUUCUCGCCGCUUCUCCGAUUAUUAGCUAUACAUUUUCCUCAUCUGUCUUUGGUGGAUGAUUGGCUUGAUGACGAGAUGAUCAAUAUAGAUUCCGCCAUUGCAAGCUAUGAGAGCACGAAGAUUAGUGACAUCGCGAUCGUCGAGGCGUUUAGUCACGUCAAAACUUGUCCAUCGAGAACUGGUAGAUUAUUGAGGCAGUUGAUGACAUUGAAACCAACUGAAAUUUGGCCUCAUGCCGAGUUGAUAAUACAUUAUUUUAAAGACAUUCUCGAUGAGCAAGUUCCCAGAUAUAUACAAGAACUUUAUAAACAAGUAUGGCUCAGACUUAACACUGUGCUACCGCGUUGUUUAUGGGUUCUUUCCAUAAACGCACUGCUAAUAGAAAAUUCAAUAGUGAAAAAUGUCUUUUUAACACAAGAUAAUAUUGUAUUAGAUCCAUUACAAGUAUUAAGAUGUGACACAAGAGUUUUUAGAUGCGCUCCGAUUUUAUCUGUGAUACUGAGGAUUUUACAAGCUACGUUAGCCGCCUCACGAUCUCAAUUAUCCAGACACAUGUUGGAUAAACCUCUAACCGAAAAAAUCGGACAAUUGACGAGCGAAACGGAAAGGGAAGACUUGAGAAUAGCUUUAGUGGCGGGUCAAGAAAGCGCGGCAGUGCAAAUUUUAUUGGAAGCAUGCCUGGAAACGGAGGAAGACAGAAAAACUCCCGGACAAAUGUGGUCUCUUCGGGAAAUACGAAGUGUCGUAUGUUCCUACUUGCAUCAAGUAUUCAUAGCCGAUCCAUCUCUGGCUAAAUUGGUUCACUUUCAGGGCUAUCCACGUGAGUUGUUACCGAUCACGGUUUCUGGAAUUCCAUCAAUGCAUAUAUGUCUCGACUGGAUCCCGGAAUUAUUAUCGCAGCCCGAAUCGGAAAAACAAGUAUUUGCCGUCGACUUGGCUUCGCAUCUGGCGAUUCAAUACGCUCUGCCGAAGGCUUUAAGUGUUUCCCGAUUGGCGAUUAAUACUCUUAUAACGUUAUUAGGCGUAUUAUCCGCCGAAGAUCGAGUCAUUCUCUUCAUGCCUGUGUUGUCAUCGUUGACGCGAAUAUGCUUAGCUUUUCCUCCAUUGGCCGAGGAUAUCACAGGAUUAUUACUGCAGCUUGGCAGAGUCAGUACGGCUCAAGCGGCAUUGGGUGAUAAAGCGGCAGAUCUAUUAUGUCAAGAAGUGAAUGCGACAUUUUGCAUGUUAUUGCAGAAAGCUAUAUUGCAAUCGCGAGUUUAUUGAAACGCGACUUACAUGUACAAAGAACUGUUAAAUGUCUUGAAAGUUCUAAUGUAUUAUUUGUAUAUAUGAAACUUUUUCAUCAUUGACGAAUUGUGUAAAAUGACUUUCAAUUUUGUAAACUAUUUUUUGAAUUAUAUACGGAUUAAAAAUAUCUUUGAUACUUAUGUAGUAUUAAUAAGACCAUUAUUCGACCAUCUGUUAAUCAAAUAAAGAAUACAUUUAUUAAGUCAAAGGGAGAGAUGCAUACGACGGUAUCAACUAAUAAUGUUUUUCUGCAUGUAAUGAUGAUUUUUUUAUUAUAUAUGAGAGCAUUGAUUAUGUGCAUAUUUAUUUCGAAUUUAAAUAUAAAUAAGAAUUAUAAAUUGAUUUAACAUCCCUCUUAUCUUUUUCAGAGACAAAAAUAGUUUCUUAUAGUAGAAAAAAAA